UGAAAAAUGCAAUUCAUUCGUAAUUCAGUGGCAAAAUGGAUCGGAUCGUAAAAUGUGUCGUGUUCGUUUGCUUGAUUGGGAUACCAUGUUCCAGCGGGAUAAACAUUCUUUGUUUGAUGGGAGUGCCUAGUCCAAGCCAUCAUAUUUGGAAUCGCGUGCUGAUGGAAGCAUUAGCUGCUAAAGGCUACAACUUGACGAUCGUGUCACCUGAUGUGGAGAAAGUGCAGAAACCGAAUUUAACGUAUAUCCAUCUGGAAGAAACCUACCAUGCAAUACAUGAUGGUGAUACAGCGAUUGAUUUCUAUGAAAUGGCCCAGGAGAAUUUGGUGAAAAGUAUGAUCACGUUCUACGAUUACGCCUUUUCCCUUUGCGAAGGAGUGAUGAGAUCGAAAGGAUUAAAAGUCAUUUUAGACUACCCGGAUGAUUUUAAAUUUGAUUUGGUUCUGUACGAUUUCACAUGUGGACCUUGUCUAAUGGGAUUGUAUCAAAAAUUUGGCCAACAACCACUUGUUGGCGUUACAGCUUUCAAUAUACCUCCUUAUACGGUGGAUUUCAUCGGUGGUCACAAGUACCCAGCUUACAUCCCUUAUUACACAUUAACAUACGAUACGGAUAUGCACUUUUUCCAACGAUUGGAGAAUACAUUCAUCUAUGCAAUGGAUUAUUUUUAUCGUAAUUAUUAUUACGUUCCAAAGACCGACGAGAUGAUUCGACGCAUUGCAGCUUUCAAAAACGUCCCAUAUCUGGGGGAUUUAGAUAGAAAAAUGAUACUAAUGCUAGUGAAUUCUCAUCACGCAGUGGAUUUUCCUGAACCUAUUCCGCAAAACAUGAUCCAAGUUGGUGGACUACAAAUUCUACCUUCCAAGCCACUACCAUCAGACAUCGAUGUGUUUAUUAAAUCCGCAAAAAAAGGAGCUAUUCUCUUCUCGCUGGGAACUAACGUGAUGAGCUCGGAUCUUGGAGAAGAACGCAUCCAAAUGUUUUUGGAAGCCAUCAGGAAAUUUCCUGAUUAUAAUUUCCUAUGGAAAUUUGAAGCUGAUCCCAAGCGGUACAGCAUUCCUAAUAACCUGAUAAUGCGCAAUUUUUUACCACAAAGUGACAUUUUGGCACAUCCGCGCACUAAACUGUUCAUCACGCAUGCUGGAUUGCUAAGCACACACGAGUCCACAUGGCAUGGUGUGCCGAUGGUUGGAAUUCCAUUCAUAGCUGAUCAAUAUCGAAACCUCGAGAAAUCAUUACGCGCAGGUGUGGCUGAACGCUUGGAUGUUUGGACCUUGACGACGGAUCAAAUAGUACGCACCGUCCGGAAGGUUUUGGAUGAUCCUUCAUAUCGAAUCAGAAUGCAGGAUAAAUCUGCACUUUUCAGAGAUCAACCGGACAAACCACUGGAUCGCGCUUUGUGGUGGAUCGAAUGGUGCCUACGUCAUCCAAAAGCAGAAACGAUACAAUCGCCUACGCUUCGGCUAGGGGUUUGGAAAAGUGAGCUUUACGAUGUGAAAAUGUUCUUGAUCGUAGUUGCUGUUGCAAUAUUCGUUUUUGUUAAACGUAUUUUCUACAUUCUCUCAAGUGUCAGUAGUAACAAGACCAAAAUCAAGAAAAAAGUAAAUUGAGAUUUAACGGGGAGAGCAAAUCGUGAAAUCGGUGACAUCGUUUAUCUCAUAAGUACGUGACAAUAUAAUUAAUCUUGAUUUCGGAUGUAAUCAAUAUGUUGAAAUCAGUUGACUAGGUUAAUAAAUGUUGAAGAAUAUUGUUUUGUUUUUCG